GCGGUGGAGGGCAGAUUAACUUCACUGAAGUCAAGCGACAUAAGGACGAUGGAGGGAAACCAAAUUCUAAUACCCUAAAACACGCGGAGCAGAGUCUCCUCCUCUGCUUCUUCUCCUUCCUUUCCGUCUUCUCUCGCUAUGUAUCCAUGGAAUGACACAUAUUCUCACCCUUAAUUUCACUUCCUCUCUGUACUUCUUCCCUCCAUUUCUUCCUUUCAGCUCCAAGGAAAAUCGUUCAUAGCCUUCCAUGGCGAGGUUUCUUCGAGGCUUUUCUGGUCUUAAACGCUCUGUUCUCGCUCCAGAGGUCUUUAAGGGAGGCGUAAUGGGGACAUCUUCUCAGUUUCGCGACUUUUCUUCUAAAGGUAGAAGGAAGUGCAAAUCUGAUGUAAGUGACUCCGGUGAUGAGAAUAUGUCUAAGAAAGACCUGGCACUAAAACAGGCUCUGGAUCAGAUUACUAGUUCAUUUGGAAAGGGAUCUAUCAUGUGGCUUGGCCGGUCUGUUUCGAAUAGAAAUGUUCCAGUGAUUUCCACUGGUUCUUUUGUCUUGGAUAUGGCACUAGGAACUGGUGGACUUCCAAAGGGGCGUGUUGUGGAAAUAUAUGGACCAGAGGCUUCUGGGAAAACAACUCUUGCUCUGCAUGUUAUUGCUGAAGCACAGAAACAAGGAGGUUAUUGUGUUUUUGUUGAUGCUGAGCAUGCUCUGGAUCCAAAUCUAGCUGAAGCUAUUGGGGUUAACACUGAGAAUUUGCUUCUUUCGCAACCUGACUGUGGUGAACAAGCUCUUAGUCUUGUGGAUACCCUAAUUCGGAGUGGAUCUGUUGAUGUUGUUGUUGUUGACAGUGUGGCUGCGCUAGUGCCUAAAGGCGAGCUUGAUGGGGAGAUGGGCGAUGCUCACAUGGCAAUGCAAGCUAGACUAAUGAGCCAGGCACUUCGCAAAUUGAGCCAUUCUUUAUCAUUAUCACAAACCAUUCUAAUUUUUGUAAAUCAGGUACGUGCAAAACUUUCUACAUAUGGAUUUGGUGGGCCAACUGAAGUUACUUGUGGUGGUAAUGCGUUGAAGUUCUAUGCUUCAGUGAGGCUAAAUAUUAGGAGAACUGGGUUCAUCAAGCAGGGAGAAGAGACUAUUGGAAGUCAAGUUCAGGUUAAGAUUGUUAAGAACAAGCUUGCCCCCCCAUUUAAAACUGUUCAAUUUGAGCUUCAAUUUGGCAAGGGAAUAUCACGCGAAGCUGAAAUCAUCGAUUUAGCUGUGAAACACAAAUUUGUUACCAGGUCUGGUUCAUUCUAUGGUUACAACGACAUGAAUUUCAAAGGCAGGGAAGCCUUUAAACAAUAUCUGGCUGAAAAUGAUAGUGCACGGGAAGAACUAAUGAUGAAACUUAGAGAAACUCAGCUUGAUGCCGAGACAGAGAAGGAACCGAAGACAGAAACAUCUGAUGGAGAACCUACAGAAGAAAUAGUCUCAGUCGAUUCCACUGAUGAGGAGGCAGCCACUGCGGUUGAAGCAUAGGCAUAUGACAAUCACCUCACACAUUGUGGGGUUGCCUUGGAUAUACGUUCAUCAGUGGUUAAGUCAAUGCUUCAACAAAAGAAAAUGCGGUAUGGUCCAAAGACAGGUCCUUUGGUUAAUUAUCACAUUCUACCCUUCUAUUGUGGUCAAACUUGGGGUACGUAAUGAUAUUUUUUGUAAGCUAAAUGUGUUGGUUGCAUAUGGGUGAUAUAGUGCGUUGGAAAAUUUUGUUCACUAGAGGAAGAACACAGGAAUUUUGGUCAAAUCCGCAGACAUCCUGUCGUAUUCCUGUCUAUUUAAUGUCCGGCCACAUUUUGUAUGGUUAAGGAGGCCAGAUUCUACCAUGGUGGCUAGCAUAACCUUUACACCUGUUGCCCUGAUUAGAGGGAUGUCCUGACUUGAAAAUUCCGAAAAAUGUAUAUUUGUCUAGAUUUAAUCAUGCUGUUUCUAUUUGUCAUUUGAGAAAGCUGCCUCCUACAUUCUUUAGGGUUAAUAUCUUAAUGUAAAUUUGUAUUGUUAAAAUAGAUAAUUUGAUACUUAUCUUCACUGUCGUUUUGUCUAUUUUUAGGAGGGAAACAAGAAAUGCAAUGAUAUAUA